AUGUCUUCUUCAAAAGGUGUAUUAUUCUACGGUUCUCCAGGAUGUGGUAAGACCUUAUUAGUAUUUGAUUUAUUUGACAAGACACAUGCUGCUGCUCUAUGCGUGAUAUUCCCUGAUGAAUUUGAUUCUAUCGGAUCAAGUUUAGAAAAUGGUGAUAGUGCUGAUCAAAUUGAUCCGGCCCUGCUCUAUUCUGGUCAUCUUGACCAAUUGAUCUAUAUUUCUCUACCUGAUGAAUCAUUAAGAUUAUCGAUUUUAAAAGUUAA